AUGUUAUUUUCAAGACUCUUACUUUCCUUAAGUCCUUUGAUUGCUUUAAGUUCUUCUCAACCUAUUGGUAAAAGAGAUGGUACUAUAACUUCUGAAUCAGCUUAUAGUUCCGCUUUAGGUACAACUUGGUCAAAUUUCUGGAAUCCUGCACAGAAUGCAUGGAAUCUUAAUGAUCAAAUAUGUCCUGGUUAUGGUUAUUCAUCUCCAGUAGUUUGGAAUGUAGCUGUUGCAUCUAAAGUUAUUAUUGAUUCAGGUAAUGCUCAACAAAUUCAAUUGGUGGUAAAUGACAUUUUACAAUAUCAAAAUUCUGCCGGUUAUUUCUCUGCUACUACCGCUAGAGAUGAUGAUGUUUAUCUUGAUGAUGAUUCUCAAGUCAUGUGGGUUUUAAUUGGUGCUUAUCAAGCUCUUGGUAAUCAAGCCUAUUUAACUGCUGCUCAAACUUUAAUGAAUAAUAUCAUGAGUCAAUGGAAUCCAACCGUGGGUGGAGUUAAUGAACAUGUCAAUGCUGAUUAUGUGGCAUCAAUCUCAACUUUAGAAGCAGCAUUAGCAGCUGUUAAAUUAUAUGAAGUUAGUCCAAAUCAAGAUUUAGUCACAUUUGCUGAAAAUUGUAUCACUUGGAUUUCUAAAACUUUACAAGAUCCCAAUGAUCAUUUAAUUUAUGAUGGUAUAGCUCCAUCUACAGGUCAAAUUAAUGAUGGGAAAUUAACUUAUACGGUGGGUGUGAUGAUUUCAACUUUAGCUUAUUUAAAUAAAAUCACCGGUCAAUCCAGUUAUAUAGAUCAAGCUAUUGUUUUAGGUAAUGCUGCUACCAAUGCUCAAGGUGCUUUCUAUACUCCACAGGGAUUUUGGAAUAAUGAAUUACAAUAUGUUGAAUUUUUAUUUGCUGGUUUUGCUGAUUUAUUAAAUAUCGGUACCGCUACCACUUCAACUCAACAAGCUGCUUUUUCAUCUUAUACUACAGAAGUUUAUCAACAAGCUACUUAUCUUUUCAAUUUCUUCCAAGUUGGAACAAGUGGAGCUUAUGUUGAUGAUGUUUUUACCGCAAGUCAAGAUAUCUUUACUAAAUAUACUACUGCUUUCCCUAACAGUGGAACUUUUGCAACUGAUGCAAGUAAUUUCUGUGGUGGCACACUCGGUGGUACAGUUCAAACUUCAUUACUUACUCAAGCAUCUGCUACUGAAAUAUUCUAUCAACUUUCAAGAAUCACCUAG